AUGCUCGUUCACCACCACCACCUCAUUCGCCCAAUCCAACCGUACAUAUUCUUCUUCAACACCAGCCUGAUCGCCCAAGCCAUUGCUUUGUAUUCCAAAAUGAUGAAGAGUUCCAGUCAGCACCAGCCUGAUCCUUACACUUACUCAUCUGUUCUGAAAGCUUGCGCCGAAACCAGAGGGCUCAGAAUAGGUAAAGCAGUUCUUUGUCAUAUUUUGAGGUCGGGUAUAUACGCUGGUAGGAUUGUCUAUAACUCUCUUUUGAAUAUGUAUGCCACUUGCCUGAGCAGUUUUGAUGCUUUAUAUAGCUGUGACUUGGUGAAAAGGGUGUUUAGUACUAUGCCUAAAAGAAAUGCGGUUGCUUGGAACACCAUGAUUUCUUGGUAUUUGAAAACAGAGAGACCUGUUGAAGGGCCAGUCCAUUUUGUGAUGAUGUUGAAAAUGGGUAUAAAACCGACUCCUGUUAGUUUUGUUAAUGUGUUUCCGGCCACUUCUAGAGUGAUGGAUGUUCAAAUUGCUCAUGUUCUUUAUGGCAUGGUUAUUAAAUUUGGGGAUGAGUAUGUUAAUGAUUUGUUUGUCGUGAGUUCAGCAAUAUAUAUGUAUGCUGAGCUCAGUUGCGUUGCUGAUGCUAGGAGGAUUUUUGACCAUUGCUUGGAGAGGAAUAUAGAGAUUUGGAACUCUCUCAUUGGUGGAUGUGUUCAGAAUAAUUGUGCCAUUGAAGCACUUCAUCUUUUUCUCGAAGCACUAGAGGCACAAGAUGAUGUUGGAGUUGAUGAUGUGACUUUUCUUUCAGCGUUAACUGCAACAUCACAAUUGCAGAGUCUAGGUUUUGCUCAGCAGCUACACGCAUCCUUGAUUAAGAAUUCAUUGGUAUCACAUGCUAUCCUUCAAAAUGCCAUUGUGUCCACGUAUUCGAAGUGCAAUAGCAUUAGUGAAUCAUUUCGAGUUUUUAAUGGAAUGCAAGAAAGAGAUAUUGUUUCUUGGAAUACAAUGGUUUCUGCACUAGUACAGAAUGGAAUGGAUGUUGAGGGAUUGAUGCUUGUGCACGAGAUGCAAUCUCAAAAAUUUAUGAUUGAUGGUGUAACUAUCGCUGCUGUACUUUCUGCAGCAUCAAAUUUAAGAAAUCUGGAUAUUGGAAAACAGACCCAUGCUUACUUGAUCAGGCAUAGAAUUCAAUUUGAAGGGAUGAAUACUUAUCUAAUAGAUAUGUAUGCUAAAUCUGGUAUGAUGAAAGCUGCACAAGCAGUGUUCAAUAUGAACUGCUCAAAGGAUAGAGACCCAGCCAUGUGGAAUGCUAUGAUUUCAGCAAAUACCCAUAAUGGGUUAAUUGAGAAAUCUUUUGCUGUCCUUAGGCAGAUGCUUGAGCUGGAUCUCACUCCAACUGCUGUCACAUUGGCAUCAAUUCUCCCUGCAUGCAGUCAGUCGGGAAGUUUAGCUCUGGGUAAGGCAAUUCAUGGUUUUGCUAUUCGCAACUUUCUGGAUGAUAAUGUCUUUGUGGGCUCUGCCCUGGUGGACAUGUACUCAAAAUCAGGUGCAAUCCACUAUGCAGAAAGUGUUUUUGAAAAGUCACCCAAUAAAAAUUCUAUUACUUAUACUAACAUGAUAGUGGGUUAUGGCCAACAUGGGAUGGGUGACAAAGCUAUCUUGCUUUUUAAUGCCUGGAGGGGAAGUGGAUUCCAAGACGGAGUUCCCUUCCUAGCAGCCUUGUCUGCAUGCAGUUAUUCAGGAUUGAUUACUGAAGGUCUUCAAAUUUUUGAGUCAAUGAGAGAUCAUGAGGUGCAGCCCUCUCUGGAGCACUAUGCUUGUGUAGUGGACAUGUUAGGACGAGUUGGUAGAGUGGUUGAAGCAUACAUGUUUGCUGAUGAAAUAGAUGAGGAGUGUAAUGUUCUGGGAAUCUGGGGUUCACUUCUUGCUGCUUGUCGAAUACAUAAAAAUUUUGAAUUGGGAAAAGUUGUUGCUGACAAGUUGCUUGCCUUGGCCGGAGGAGAUAAGACGACAGGUUACCAUGUGCUACUUUCAAAUAUUUAUGCAGCCGAAGGAAACUGGGAAUAUGUAAAUAGGGUGAGAAGAGGAAUGAGGGAAAAAGGUCUGACAAAAGAGGUAGGGUGCAGUUGGAUUAACAUUUCUGGUAUAGCACACUGUUUUGCAUCUAAAGAUGAAGCCCAUCCUGUCUGUUGUGAGAUACAUGAAAUGUUAGGGUAUUUGAGCACCAAUAUGAAGGAUGCUGGUUAUAGUGCUUCUUUGAGAUGGCAAGAAGUUUGGAUCUCAGAAUUUGGGGAGUGAAUAUUUAUACUGUAUUCAA